GGCUUCAGGGUAGCCCCGCCGGGUGACUUGAGCGUAGCUACAGUAACCGCAGCGGUGAGUCCGGAGCCGGAAGUGCCACGUGUCCCUGCUGCGCCUGCGCGGCUGGCGCCUGACAGGCACUUCCGGCUGGGGCCUCCUCCUUCGCUGUCGGCUUGGCUGCCGCCUAGCAGACAGCCAUUCCCGGUCCCACGGACCCGAUUCCCAAAACCUCGGUUCCCAGGCCAGGCCGUGGCCGCCGGCGGACUGGGGGAGGAUGAGGCGCUACGCCUAGGGGCCUGACGCGCCUCCUUCUCUCCUCCCCACCUUCAGCCCUAAGUCGUGAGCCCCCUCCCUUGGCUUCCAGCAGUCGUCUAUCAGCUUUGCGCCGAGCGCUGUCGCAGUCCCCGGCCACCCCCUGCCGGCCCGGGUAGCCGCCCUCGUCAUGUUCCAGCCGGGGAUACCGGCCUCUGGCGGCGCCCCGACCGGCCUCCAGGCCCAGAACGGGGCGCCCCCCGCCUCGGGAUCUGUCUACACCAACGGUCCUGUCCAAAAUACGCUGAUGUCUUCACAAGUGCCAGUGAGCCAAGAAUAUAAUUCUCAGUUUCCAGGAUCCUACCCUCAUCUAAUACCAGCAAAGACUUUGAAUCCAUCCUUGGGACAGUCUAACUAUGGUGGUUCUCAGACUGUUUAUCCUCCAUUGAGUAAUUAUCAGGGAUCUGGGCAGACUCUCAGUAGACCACCUGUGGCUUCUAAUCCACCAACACUCCAUAGUGGUCCUGUUCCUCAAAUUCCACCACCUACUUCUCAGAACCCCGCUGCCACACCUAUGCCUUCUGGUAGCUAUCUUCCUGGAGGAGCCGGUGUACCACCACCUUUGAAUUGGCAAUUUAAUUAUUCAUCCACGGGAUCACAGACAAACCAUAGUCUUAGUGUUUCAUCCCAAGCAACUCUGGCUGGGAAUACAAAUUUUACACCAAGUCGUCAAUAUGCUUCUUCUGGAGAGCCUUCAAGUCAGAACAACUUCAUAAAACCAGGUUCUGAGCCAUUAGUGAAUCCACCUCUGCCUACCAUUUUACAACCAGGAGCUCCUCCUGGGCCCCCUCCAACUGGAAGACCUUCUCCAGUGAGGGCUCUCACUCCUCAGAAAUUAUCCCAUAGACCUAUGCCCCCACCUUCAUUUAAUUCAGCUACCAACCAAGAAGGUAUUACAUCAAAUACCAAUAAUGGAUCUAUGAUGACUCACAAUAGUUACGAUGAAAUUGAAGGUGGUGGCUUCUUGGCAACACCACAAUUCACUACUAAGAAUCCCACAAUGAGCAGAAAUGUUGGAUAUUCAUAUCCCUCCUUACCACCUGGUUAUGAGAACACAGCACCACCUGGUACUGCUGGAGUGCCACCUCCUAUGAAUUACCCUAGUGGGCCACAGCCCUUUACUCAGACUCCUUUAGGUGCUAAUCAUUUAACUGCAAGCAUGAGUGGAUUAAGUCUACAUCCAGAAUGUCUGAGAGUUACCAAUCUUCUUCAAGACAGAAACAUGCUUCCACCAACACCUUUACAGCCUCCAGUUCCAAAUUUGCAUGAAGACCUCCAGAAACUUAACUGUAACCCAGAGUUAUUUCGAUGUACUCUCACUAGCAUCCCUCAGACUCAGGCCUUGCUAAAUAAAGCCAAACUUCCUUUGGGACUUCUUCUUCAUCCUUUCAAAGACCUAACGCAAUUGCCGGUGGUUACCUCCAGUACUAUUGUGAGAUGCCGUGCGUGUAGGACGUACAUCAACCCUUUUGUCAGUUUUCUUGAUCAAAGGAGAUGGAAAUGUAACUUAUGCUACCGAGUCAAUGAUGUUCCUGAAGAAUUCAUGUAUAACCCUUUAACCAGAGUCUAUGGAGAACCCCACAGACGACCUGAAGUUCAGAAUGCUACUGUUGAAUUUAUGGCUCCUUCAGAAUACAUGUUACGACCACCUCAACCUCCAGUGUACCUCUUUGUAUUUGAUGUGUCCCAUAAUGCAGUUGAAACUGGAUAUUUGAAUUCAGUUUGCCAGAGUUUAUUUGACAAUCUGGAUUUGCUUCCUGGAAACACUAGGACAAAAAUUGGCUUCAUAACAUUUGACAGUACAAUCCACUUCUACAGUCUUCAAGAAGGUCUCUCUCAACCUCAGAUGCUAAUAGUUUCAGAUAUUGAAGAUGUGUUUAUACCUAUGCCAGAAAACUUGUUAGUAAAUUUAAAUGAAAGUAAAGAGCUUGUCCAAGAUUUACUGAAAACUUUGCCACAAAUGUUCAGCAAGACCUUGGAGACCCAGAGUGCCUUGGGUCCUGCACUUCAAGCUGCCUUUAAGUUGAUGUCCCCAACUGGUGGUCGAAUGUCUGUCUUUCAGACACAACUUCCAACUCUUGGAAUAGGUGCUCUGAAGCCACGAGAAGAACCCAACCAAAGGUCAUCUGCUAAGGACAUUCACUUGACACCAUCUACAGACUUCUAUAAGAAAUUAGCCUUGGACUGUUCUGGUCAGCAGGUAGCUGUUGACUUAUUCCUUCUGAGUGGACAGUAUUCUGAUUUGGCUUCUCUGGGUUGUAUAUCUCGGUAUUCAGCAGGUAGUGUGUAUUAUUAUCCAUCUUACCACCAUCAGCAUAACCCACUACAAGUACAGAAAUUACAAAAGGAACUGCAGAGAUAUCUCACCCGGAAGAUUGGCUUUGAAGCUGUCAUGAGGAUUCGGUGCACCAAAGGUCUUUCCAUUCAUACUUUCCAUGGAAACUUUUUUGUUCGGUCAACAGACUUACUAUCUUUACCCAAUGUAAAUCCAGAUGCUGGGUAUGCAGUACAGAUGUCAGUGGAAGAGAAUCUUACUGAUACUCAGUUGGUUUCCUUUCAGUCAGCACUCUUGUAUACAUCUAGUAAAGGUGAAAGAAGAAUUCGUGUUCAUACUUUGUGCUUGCCUGUAGUUUCAACUCUGAAUGAAGUCUUUCUUGGAGCUGAUGUCCAAGCAAUUUCUGGGUUAUUGGCCAAUAUGGCUGUGGAUAGAUCAGUGACUGCCAGUCUGAGUGAUGCUCGAGAUGCCCUUGUGAAUGCCGUCAUAGACUCUCUUUCAGCUUUUCGUUCUUCAGUCCUAAGUAACCAGCAGCCUGGACUCAUGGUUCCCUUUUCACUGCGGCUUUUUCCACUUUUUGUUUUGGCUCUCCUUAAACAGAAAUCGUUCCAGACGGGGACAAAUGCUCGUCUAGAUGAACGCAUUUUUGCCAUGUGUCAAGUGAAAAAUCAGCCAUUGGUUUACCUUAUGCUCACAACUCACCCCAAUUUGUAUAGAGUUGACAAUCUUUCAGAUGAGGGAGCUCUCAACAUCAAUGAUCGAAUGAUACCUCAGCCACCAAUUCUUCAGCUUUCAGUGGAAAAAUUGAGCAGAGAUGGAGCUUUCCUCAUGGAUGCAGGCUCUGCAUUGAUGCUUUGGAUUGGAAAGAAUUGUGGGCAGAAUUUUAUCAGCCAAGUCCUAGGAGUGCAAAGCCAUGCAUUAAUUCCACAGACUAUGACAAACCUUCCAGUAUUAGAUACACCAGAAUCUGCCAGAAUGACAGCUUUCAUCUCUUGGCUAAGAGAGCAGAGACCAUUUUUCCCAGUACUUCAUGUAAUAAAGGAUGAGAGUCCAAUGAGAACAAUCUUCCUCCAAAAUUUGGUAGAAGACAGAACAGAGUCUGCAUUAUCUUAUUAUGAAUUUCUCUUGCAUGUACAACAACAAGUGAAUAAGUGAACAAAUAAAGAUAACCAGCUCAGUUGUUUCUAAGGGAAGUCAUGGUAACACAGAACACCUGAGAAUGUGUACUACCUUCCUUUUCUAUUAGCUUUGUGGACUAAUGUGAUGGUUAGAUGUUCUCACUGUGAUCUCAGCAAACUAUAGCAAGUAAGGACCACUGCAGAGAAUCAAACAUGCAACUUUAAAAUACUGUAUUUUUAAAAUCAAAAUAUAUCUACAUAAGAUUGGAUGCCCUUUUUUUCUUUGCUGCCAAUUACAUUUGAGGCUAUUUAUGGAUUGAAAUAGUACAGAGGCAAAGUACAUUUUGUAAAAUAUAAAUAAAGACUUGAUAUGCCCGCUGUAUAAUUCUCAUUUUUCCUGAAUUUUUGGCUGCUACAUUUAAAACCUCACAAGACUUAAGUGUUGCAGGUAAAUUACAAAUCUAUUGCUAAAGAUCUUUUUAUGAUUCAAAAAAGUUCAGAAGACUGAGUAGACAAACUAUCCCUCUCACCUGGUUGUUUUUUGUUUUGUUUUUUUAGUUUUUUUCUUUUUCAAGGAAGAAAAAGGAUCAUAUUUUUAACCAAAACUAGAGUAAGUCUAGUUUGAGAAGAAUACAAAAUAAUAUAUUUAAGCUUUAAAUUCUGUCAGUAUUCUCUAUACUUGAAGAACAAAGUCACUUUAAUUUGAAGUGAAAACUAUAAUUCAGUUGUUUUCUGUUUUGACAGAAGACUCAGAUUCACCAUUUUACUCUGUAGUGAACAGAAUCUGAGCUCCCUUCAUAAAUACAUUGGGACUGGUGAUGAUAAUAGGGAAAUGAAUAAACUUCAGUUAUUUUGAUUCUUCUAAGUGGGUUUUGUUUGGUAUAUUUCUGCUCUGUGAUGUAUAAUUUAGGUGUCAUAAUAUCAGAUGAGGAUGAUUGAAAGAACUUAAAGUCUUAAAUGCUAUCUCAAGUGCAUCAGUAACAUUUUUCUAGGAUAUUUAAUAAUUAAAUUGGAAGCUGCUCAUAACUAUUUAUUCUUGGAUUUAAAAAUUAUUAAAGCAUGAAUGCUGCUGUUUGAUUUGGUGGAUGUUAAGAUUAUACAAAUCCGAUGAAUUAAAGUUAUGAAAGAAACUUGAUUUCUGAACAUGCUCAAGUGAAUUUUGUUUACAAAUAGGUAAAUUAUACAUCUGUAUAUAUAAUGUGCAGUGAUUGAAUAUCUUUAAAAGAGUUUGGCCCAGUUUUCACAUAGUGAUCUUGUCUUAUAAUGACUUCUUAAAGUGAAAGAUGCUCAUAUGUAAUACUGGAUGAAAAGAUUUACAUGUUUUUGUUUUAGGAGGUUAGAAAAUAUGUUUACAAUCUUGGUUUCAUAUGAUCAUCAAUGAAAUGAUAAAUUAUUUUUUUAUUUUAUCAGAACCCUGCUCAACUCUUUGACUAAUGGUAAUGCAAGGGAAUUGAACCCAAGACUUUGAAAUCUCAAGAGCAAAAAUUGGGGGGGGGUACCCAUUAUGCUAUUUGCCCCACCCUGACAUAGUAACUUUCAGAUUUACAUCAAUAUGAACUGAUUUUAACUGAGUUUUCUUGGGAUAGAGAAGAAGCAGGACCCACUAGAGUAUAUGCUACUAUUUGCCAAUCAGAUCAGAAUAACUGUAUUUUAUGAAAAAUAUCUCCCUAGAGCAGUGUUAAGGCUUAUUUUUAAUAUACAAGUGGUAUAUUAAACUGGAAGUUGUCUUGAAAGGGGCAGGAUAGAUAGCAUAAUGAUUAUGCAUACAGACUUUCAUGCCUGAGGCUAGCAAAGUCCCAGGUUCAAUCUCCCGCACCACCAUAAACCAGAGCUGAGCAGUGCUCUGGUAAAAAAGAAGGAAGGAUGGAAGGAGAAAAAAAGAGAAAUUUUCUUGAAAGCCGCUUAAUUGGUGGAAAAGCAAUUACAAAUCAUAGCAAAUGAAAAUAAAUUUAUAUUUUCCCUUCUAAAGAAACAGAGUCAUUAUCAUGCACUGAUGUUUCUUAAUAGCUAAAAUUAUCUUCAUAAUGUGAAUUUUGAAUGUGGAUAUUUGUAAUUCUUUUCUUAAUAGUCGUAAAAAAUCAGAGGGAAAAGUUUGUGCUUCUAAGGAUAAUCUUCCUUGUGCCUCAUUUCAUCCCUAAGUGGGUGUGAAUCCUGUUAUUACCACAUGCUUGUUAGUAUUUUUCACUACUUUUUAAAUUUUUACUUUAAAAAUUAUUUUAGAUAUUGUAUACCAUGUGCAAUCCAGAAUAAUUUUAUUAUAAUAGGUCACAUAAAACAUUUUAGUUAGAAUUCACAAUACUUAUUCUCCAGAUAAUGAUGGAAUGAGUGAACCUUUGGAAAUCCUGACAUUAAAUACUUAUAUUAUUUUACUUUUUUUGUGAUACAGAUUUUUUUUUUUUGCAGUAGGGCACACUACCUGCUGUCUCAUCUUGUAUUACUUUUUUGAUGUAAAACAACUAAUAUUUACACUAUGCCAUAUUUUUUUUAUUGUAGUUGUAAAUUAUGAAAAAUCCUUGAAUUUUCUACAGAUCUACAACUACUAAAGUAAUAGACAAGGGCAAUCUUGGGAUUUAAAUCUGAGCAUGGCAGUUCUAUCAUAAAAAGUACUCUAUUUUUCUAAUUUCUAGGAUUUUUAAAAUACAUUUCUGUAAGUCUGACAUUAAUAUUCACUUAAGCAGUACCAUUUAUUUUAGUUUGCAUAUACUUCAUUGUUUUAACUUAAUUAAAUGUACUGAGUCUAGUAAACUAUUUUCCAGUAAUUAGAAUGAAAGAUUUAUUUCUUCUAAUCAAAGAUGUGUAACAGCUAUUAUCUAGGGGACCACCAAAUGUGAUUUCAAGAUUUUGUUAACUAUUACAAAUAUAAUCCUUCUAUAGAAAUUUUAAUUUUGUAAAGUAGUGUAUAAUAUUGUAACAUUAAAUCCUCGUUCUCAAAUUCAAAUAUGUAUUGAUCUUCAAUGUGUUGUGUUCAGUCUUGCUUCUCUGCAAUGGUAGAGACAAGAUUUGUCUUCCUUUUUACAGUUUGUAAUUUUCACUGUUUUAUUCCUGUAAAAAGAAAAGUCAUUUGUAACUCAUUCAAAUAAUCAUUUCAGCUGUGCUAACUUAUCAAUUUGGCUAUUCAAUAAAGUUAAAUGCAAGAGCUGA